GGGGAGGGGAGCGGGCGGUGCCGCCGCCGCACGGAGCUCCGGGCACCUUCGCGGCUUCAGUAGAUCUUCGUGUAACUGGCUGAAAAAUGGUUCCAAAAGAUGACAGCACCAACUGUAAUACUGUUAAAAUGGAGACUAUCUUCACUUUGACGUGAUGUGUGAAGUUUAUUAGCAUUUUUUGUUUAUUUACAGUUAUUGUGAAAGGUUACAAAUGGUGUGGAUUUUUAUCAUGAAUCGAAUGAGCUCCCAGAGCAGUUCAACCGCUCAGCGUAGGCGAAUGGCUCUAGGAAUUGUCAUUCUUCUCCUUGUUGAUGUGAUAUGGGUUGCCUCUUCAGAACUCACUUCUUAUGUUUUUACAAAGUACAACAAACCUUUUUUCAGUACGUUUGCAAAAACAUCCAUGUUUGUUCUGUACCUCUUGGGAUUUAUUGUUUGGAAACCAUGGAGGCAGCAGUGUACUCGUGGAUUUCGUGGAAGGCAUGCAGCUUUUUUUGCAGAUGCUGAAGGUUAUUUUGCUGCUUGUACAACAGAUAACACUGUAAACAGUUCUCUGAGUGAACCUUUAUAUGUUCCUGUAAAGUUUCAUGAUUUGCCAACUGAAAAAAAUGACAGUAAUAAUAGUGAUGCAGACAAAACUCCCAAAAAGCCUCGAGUAAGGUUCAGUAAUAUUAUGGAGAUUCGACAACUCCCAUCAAGCCAUGCAUUGGAAGCAAAGUUGUCUCGUAUGUCAUAUCCAACAGUUAAGGAGCAGGAAUCAAUAUUAAAAACUGUAGGAAAACUCACUGCAACUCAAGUAGCAAAAAUUAGCUUUUUCUUCUGCUUUGUGUGGUUCUUGGCAAAUUUCUCUUACCAAGAAGCUCUGUCAGAUACCCAAGUUGCCAUAGUUAAUAUCUUGUCCUCAACCUCUGGGCUUUUUACUUUAAUCUUGGCUGCAGUCUUUCCCAGUAACAGUGGAGAUAGAUUUACCUUGUCCAAAUUAUUAGCUGUAAUUUUGAGCAUUGGUGGUGUGGUACUUGUUAACCUUUCUGGAUCUGAGAAAUCUGCAGGAAAAGAUACAAUAGGUUCCCUUUGGUCUCUUGUAGGAGCAAUGUUGUAUGCUGUAUACAUAGUUAUGAUAAAGAGGAAAGUAGAUAGAGAAGAUAAACUUGACAUACCAAUGUUCUUUGGUUUUGUGGGGCUGUUUAAUCUGUUGCUGCUUUGGCCUGGGUUUUUCCUGCUUCACUAUACUGGGUUUGAAGCAUUUGAGUUUCCCAAUAAACUGAUAUGGAUGUGCAUUGUCAUUAAUGGCCUUAUUGGAACAGUUCUGUCAGAGUUCCUCUGGCUAUGGGGAUGCUUUCUUACCUCAUCACUGAUAGGCACACUUGCUCUAAGCCUUACAAUACCUCUGUCCAUAAUAGCCGACAUGUGCAUGCAAAAGGUGCAGUUUUCCUGGUUAUUUUUUGCAGGGGCAGUGCCUGUAUUUUUUUCUUUCUUCAUUGCAACUCUCUUAUGUCACUAUAACAACUGGGAUCCAGUAAUGGUGGGAAUCAGAAGAAUUUUUGCCUUUAUUUGUAGAAAACAUCGAAUUCAGAGAUUGCCAGAGGAAAGUGAGCAGUGUGAAAGUCUGAUUCCUAUGCAUAGUGUUUCACAAGAUGGAGACAGUUGCUGUUCAUAGACAAGAGGUGUGCUUAAUAAGCAUCAAACAAUACAGAGAAAGUUUAGAAAUGGAGUUAUGCCCAGCGAAGAGACAAUCUUCUGAAAAGGUCCCUAAGGAAUCAUGUUUCAGUGCCUAUUCUGAAUUUGUAGUAAAAAUAAGAAGUUUCAAUUCUUUUGAAACUCUAAACUUUUCCUCUUUCUUGCUUUCAUCUGGUUUUAUAAAUGAAGAUUUACUACAUGCCUAUCACCAUAGGGAGUUUUAGUCCAUCUGAGCAACCAACUUGCCUUAUAACAGUGAGCUGGUGAAGUUACUUGACAAAAUCAAGAAAACAAAUGCUAUUAAGUGAUUUCUUUCUUUUUUUAACUCACAAUUUUGUUAAAUGCUGAACAAUAUUAUUUUUUAAAAAUACUUUCAAAUGAGUUCUGUAAAUAAGUUUGCAGGUCAUCAAGUCUUACAGGCUUUCAGAUGAAAAGCU